CUUAAGGAGCUCACAAACAAGGGAUGGAUUCGGCCUAGUACCUCCCCUUACGGUGCGCCAAUCUUAUUUGUCCCAAAGAAGGAAGGUACCUUGAGGAUGUGCAUUGACUAUCGGGGCCUCAAUGCCAUCACCGUUAAGAACGUGGAGCCCCUUCCCCACAUCGACGACCUCUUGGAUAGAGUGCACGAAUGCCGGUACUUCACCAAGAUAGACCUGAAGUCCGGAUGCCAUCAAAUUGCCAUUGGACCUGAGGAUCGGCACAAAACCGCAUUUCAAACCAGGUACGGUCUGUACGAGUUUGUGGUGAUGCCUUUUAGCCUAUGCAAUGCGCCUUGUACUUUCCAGCACGCGAUGAACAAGAUAUUUCAUGAAUACUUAGACAAGUUUAUCGUUGUGUACCUCGACGAUAUUCUUAUCUUUAGUAGGACUGUAGAGGAGCACGCUGAGCACUUGAAAAUAGUGCUAGGUCUCCUAAGACAGCACCAGUACAAGGUUAACUUGGAGAAAUGCGAGUUUGGUCGCACCAAGAUCUUGUACUUGGGUCGUGAAAUCUCAGCAGAUGGUUUGAGGCCGGAUGAUGCUAAGGUAGCCAGCAUACGUGACUGGCCCAGACCUCAGACUGUUAUUGAGGUCAGAUCGUUUUUGGGGAUGACGGGCUACUAUCGUCCAUUUGUAAAGAACUAUAGUACUAUAGCUUCCCCAUUAGCAGAUCUAACUCGACUGCAUACCCCAUGGGAGUGGACUGAAGAGUGUGAAGCGGCCUUCAGGAAACUGAAGUAUGCCCUAACACACUACGAGCGACUGGAGCUACACCACAAUCGCUACCUGUCCCGCCAGCGGGACAGCAGUUACCUUGGUACCCCAAAACCCCUGAAACCACCUCCAACCUUCUCAGGAGACAAGAAGAAUGAGGCUCUCGACACGUGGUUGAGAACGGUGUCAGUGUGGGUGCGGGUAAAGAGGACAUUGGUAGAGGAGGAAGUGAUUACUGCUGCAUCCUACUUAGAGGAUUCAGCAGCUCGCUGGCUAAAUGGAUUGGUAGCUUCGAAGGGGUUCGGCAGGAACAUGGGUGAUUGGGCGCAGACCCACACCUUAGAAAGCUUUAUGGAUUUAGUGGAAGCACGAUGGCACAACCCUCGGCAGGCACAAAUUGCCACUGAUGGGCUGUUAAAGCUUGACGCUAGGAAGUACAAGUCAGUGCGAGAGCUUACCACGACCGUAGAGCGUCUGAUUGUUGUCCCAGGAGUGGAGUACAAUCCACAGGUCUUAUUGACCAUGUUCUUGAGAUGUCUUCCCACAGACAUCAAGAACUUACUGGCCAACGAGGCUCGGCUAGAGUAUCACGCCCAGCUGCAGAUGAUUUCUGGGAAUCAUCCCGAAGCAAAUGCGCAGGCUGAACAUAUGAACCGUGUGGUGCAGCAUCUGCUGAGGCAUUACAUUAAGCCCAACCAAGAUGAUUGGGAUGAGAAAUUACCUCUCAUCGCCAGUCAGUAUAACAAUGCUGUACACAACACCACCGGCGUCAGUCCUAAUCAACUGCAUCUGGGAUGGAAGCCUAGGUCUGCUGUAGACUUCCUCCUGCCUGAAAACCGGACUGCUGCAACUCCUAGAACCAUCGAACUUGGUGUCCAGUAUGAGAAACUGUUGCAGCAGACCGUCGAACACAUCAAGAAAUCUCAGGAGGCCAUGAUUGCCUCUGAGAACAAGCGUCAUCGACAGUCCACAUUUCAGGUAGGGGAACGUGUCUGGGUCAACGCUAGUGAGUUGGGACAGGAGUUUGGCAUCUCUAGGAAACUAAUGCCCCAAUAUUUCGGUCCCUGGGAAGUCUUAGACACUGUGGGGAAUGAUUUGGAUGGUCCCUCGUAUGUCAUUUGUAUCCCUGGUCAUCUACGCACUUACCCUGUUUUUCACGCCUCCAAGCUUGCACCUUUCGUUGAGACAACACAACUCCCAGCACGGAGAUCUAUGCUGCCCCCAACCAUGGAUGGCCACGUCGACGACGUCCUGGAUCACAUAGACAUGCCUGUUCCCAAGCCACGUGGCAAGGGAAGAACUCCUAAACCUGCAAGGGAGUACAGAGUACAUUUCAGGCAUCAUACUGAUCCAAAGGAAGAUCGAUGGAUUUCAAGGGAGGAACUUGUCAAGACAGCUCCUCAGAUCGUGGCAGAUUAUGAGAAGAAGCUAAAGGGGAAGGCACCAGCAUGAAGCAUCUCAACGGACUUUCAAAGCUAAGGGGGAUGGAAUGUGAGGAACGAGCCCUCAAGGAGC